CAUCCAUUCAACCUUCCCUUCGCACACGUUGUUGGCGAACCCAUUAUCGCUGACCAGCUGUCCGCCACUACCACAAUAUGCGGUAACGGCGUCCGAGCUCCCACACACACACAAUGUCUCCCCUCGCAAAGGGCCCUUCCACCUCGCCUUUCUUUCCACUCUGCGCCAUCUACUCGCCCGCUACUCUGCCCUGAUACUCCAUUCUCAGAAAUCAUGGCUGUCAACGUACCAUUAAUUUGGAGCUACAUCUGGAGCGCUCUCUACAUCCUCAGCGGCGUAUGGUACUUCGUUCCACGAAGCAAGCGUCUCGUCCAUCGACUGCGCUGCUCACUGUUUGGCGACCCCGAGCUCCAACGACUGCGAGGCAAUCUCGACAAUGCCCGAAACUACGAUGAGUGGUCGGAAGCAGCUUUUGUGUUGGACCAGUAUCUCCCGGGCAAUCUGGAGUGGAAAUUGAACCCCGUAAGCCCACUAUAUCACUGGCAACAACUCAAACAGCGGAUAGCCAAUAUCGAAAAUGCACUCAUUGCAGAGGACUUCAACAGUGCACUUUGUCUUCUCCAAUUUGGCCUGGUCCGUGGUCUGGGUAAUAUCGCGGAUGAGAGAUUGUACAACCGCGUCUACUCCGGCACCAAGUGGCUCAUCAAAGAGUACAUGGAUGCCAUGGCAAAUUUGCUGGACAACUUCUUCGAGGGCCACUGGAAGGGCGGCACGCUUCCUCAACAGAGCAAGAUGAAUUAUGCAGAACGCUUUAGGAUUGCUUACAGCAAGACAGCAUUGGUCCUGCAGGGAGGCAGCAUUUUCGGCCUGUAUCACAUCGGCGUCAUGAAGGCUCUUCACGAACGUGACCUCUUACCAAAAGUCAUUCUUGGGACUGGCACUGGCGCCUUGAUGGCUGUACUUGUCGGCACAUGCAAAGACGCCGACCUGCCCAAUCUCCUGAACGGACGCAUGCUUGACCUUACUGCGUUCGCAGCUCGAGAACGCCAACCGCCCCCCGAAUGGUACGAUGUCUUCGCCAUCUUCUGCAAAAGGCUCAAACGCUUCUACGAUUCCGGUUAUGUACUUGACAAAGAUGCACUUGAGAAAUGCGUCCGAGACAAUGUCGGCGACAUGACUUUUCGAGAAGCACACCAACUCACCGGCCGCAUCAUCAGCAUCUCCAUCGAAUGCGACAGUCCCGGCACCCCCAAUUGCCUCAAUUACAUCACCACCCCUCACAUUCUUCUCCGCACAGCAGCGCUGGCAUCAAAUGAAAGCGACCCCGACAUUGCCCCAGCCAUGAUCAAGGAAAAGAACUCGCGAGGCGAAAUCCGAGACUGGUCUCUGAACGACGAAACGCCUGCCUUCCGCAAGCUCCGCCGCAAACGUCAACGCAGAAUGCCAAUCAAAGACGACGUCAACGCCCCUCUCCAACGCAUCUCUCAGCUCGAAAAUGUCAACCACUUCAUCAUUUCCCAAGCCCGUCCCUACCUCGUCCCAUUCCUCGCCCCAUCCCUGCACAGAUCCAACGGUCCUCGUCAGCACUCCAGCCCGUGGUCCCUCACCUCCCUCAAAGACUGGCUCAUCCAUGCCAUCGGCAAAGAUCUCGCCCACCGUAUGCACCAAGUCGACCGCAUCUGGGGCCUGCCGCGCCGCCUCCGCCGCUUCCUCAUCGACGAGCGCGUGCCCUUUCGCUCCCUCACGAUGGUGCCGGAAGUGAUGCCCAGCGAUUUCCUCCGCCUGCUGCGCAAUCCGCGCCAAGCGGAGAUUGACUAUUGGAUCAGGCUGGGAGAGAAGUCGGUGUGGCCGUGCGUGGCUGCGUUGAAGGUGCGGUGUGAGAUUGAGUUUUCGCUUGAGGAGAGGUAUAGGAUUGAGAGGCGGCGGCCGCUGCAUGAAAUAUAUGCAAACGAAGAUGAGGAAGGGCUGCCUAGGAGACGGUGGAGGAGGGUGAGGUCUACGUCGACGGAGUCGACUCCAUUCUAAAACGGUCAUUCUGUUGGGUAGAAGAAGAAGAAAUGAACAACA